AUGUUUCUGGGCUACCCGAACCAAACCCUCCCAAGGCCCGCUGCGCUGGAGAGCGCCGCUGUUGGAGCUGAUGUAUUGGAAUACAUCUAUGGCCCUAGCCAAACCGAGCGACAGCAAUGGAUCUCUGAUUUUAUCAAGAUCAUUGAUCCCUGGAUGCCAUUUAUUCCCCUCAGCGAGCUCCACACGGAAUUAUUGAAUGAGAGCAGUCAGUUAAAGGGAGAAGACGUACUUCUGCUUGCAUGCAUCAAGUUGAAUACCGAGCCGUUGCCGGGAAGACAACCCGUGAACAAGCAGUAUCUCGCUGUCAAGGCAACGUUCCUUAAUGCUGAGAUCUACGGAACACUCUCUAUCAGACUUUUGCAGGCUUCCCUCUUGCUUCUUCUCUAUGAGUAUGGACAUGGCAUCUACCCAUCUGCCUACACGACUCUAGGUGGUUGUGCUCGGUAUCUUGGGGCCCUGGACAUAGAACCGGACUUGGAACGAAAUUAUGCAAGUAAUUGGAUGGACGGCGAACAACGAAGACGACUAUGGUGGUUUGUCUAUGUCAUGGAACGGUAA